AUGCGGCCGAUUGUAAACUUCCGGGAAACUAAAUCAUUCAUUUGCGUACCGCGGCGCACAACGUGUGAUCUUCUGUAUACGGUCGCUGAGAAUCGAGACUUCCUAUGGCUGUCCCAGAUCUGUCAACAAUCAUUUCCUCCCCCAGUGUUGGUAGAAGGUCAGCCUGAAUUUGUAGUCCAAGAACUCCUUGACUCUCGCCUUGUGCGGGGUGUAAACAAGGAUAAUAUCAGAGCAGGAUGUAAGAAGUGUGGUUAUCCUGGUCACCUAACGUUUGAAUGUAGAAACUUCCUACGCGUGGAUCCACAAAGGGACAUUGUGUUGGAUGUCAGCAGCACCAGCACCGAAGACAGUGAAGAUGAGAAUGAAGAACUUGCACAGGCUCCUGGGUCUGCAGAUAAGAAAAAUCUCAUUCAUCAAGUGAAUCUGAUAACUCAAAAGCCAAAAAACGAAAAAGCCAAAGAAAAAAAAACAAAGAAAUCAAAAAAGGGAAAGCAGCACAAGAAAGAUAAGAGGAAAGAGAAAUGUGAGCGUCGUCCAUCAUCGUCAUCCAGCAGCUCCCAUUCAUCCAGCAGCGACUGACAUGUUAUUGUAUACCUGGCACACUGUACUGAAUAGCUCCUUGUUUCCUUCAUAGUCAAAGCCAAACUUUCACUAUUUACUACUUUAGGUUAUAGCCUGGCCAAUAAUAAUGCAAAGCAAGGCAUGGAUUUUAUAUUACACGGCUAAGUAUUUGCUUAAUCAGGCAUUUUAACUGUUCCAACAUUCUGAGAUCCAUAAAAUGAAUGUAACAAAUGUAAUUCAUAAAAAUAUGUAACAAAAACUGCAGGCCGGGUGGUAGAGACCUGCAGUGGGUCAAGUACCUGUGCAAAGUUACUGAUCCACCAACCAGGGGGCAGUCUGGUUCAGUUGCGGUACUGUCCCACCCUCGCUGAUCUAGCAAAAAAAAAUUUCCUUUACCUGGUUGUUCCACCUCUGGAGUGACAUUACUCCCAGGUGCACAGUUAAGGUGGUGAUAAAACCCUUGCAGGUGCAAGUCAGGUUGUGCAUCUGAGUAAGGGGUAUAGAGAGGUGGCGGGUACAGGUCAUUGAGUCUGGUUUGGGUGAAGGUCUGCUGAACUGGGCGCCCUGGAGGACUCUAUGAAGUUUAACUAGGGGUAGGUAGAGUAGGCACGUGCCUAAAGCACUACUUAAAAAAUAUUGAAUGUACCCUCCACUCCUGCUGCCAUGAGUCCACCCUGAUUGAAAUGGACAAUUCGAGCAGCUCACGGGUGAGUCGGGGGCACUGGGAUGGUGAGCAGAAGGGGGUAGUGUUGUGGUUGCCGAGCAGGUGAAGGGCAUGUGGUGUUUGCCUUGCACUGCAGUUAGGGGCAUAAUUAUAAAGGUAUGUCAAAAAACCUACACUUAGAAAAUAAUGUGUUAUAAAGUUCCUGUGUUGCUUGCUACAUUCACAAAAAUAAUCAUAAUAAUAUGAAGCUAAUCAACAUGUUUACACAUACAUAGUAUAAUGAGUUUGUACCCUGUAUAACUCAUUAAAGUCAGUAGUAUCCAUUAAGGGACCAAAGAAUUGGAUUAAAAUGCAGUGUAAAAAUGCUGUUUAUUCAUAUAACGCCUUUUUUUCAAGUCAACGCCUAUUUUUACACUCUGCUACACAUUUACAUAAACUCAUUAUACCGCUAUAUGAAUUUGCUUUAUUUUAGGUACCUUUUCAUAUAUACAGUAUGUCCCUAGCAGCACUGGGCCUUUAGCCACAAUAAUAUAAAACUUCAUUUUGCAACAUGCUCUUAAAUAAAGCCAUUUGUUAUGGUCUUGAUACAUUUGCUUUAUGUUCAUUGCAUUCUAGUGUUAUUAAAGCCAUUCCACGUGUA